CUUUAUGAUACAACCUUCUACCGAAAAAAAAAAAAAAACAAAAGCUACAGAGGUGUGUAAAGAAUAAGCUUAAAGCUCUUCCAUAUGUUCAUAUAUCAUGAAAGUUCAAUUUGCCUUUCCGCCAACGCCAAGUAUAUAUGCUUGUCAAUUAAAUCUGAAGAUUGCUCAACCAUUACAUGCAACAUGCUUUAAUGGAAACGAGUCGACCAAUUCAGUGCUAUUACUGCAGGCAACGAGUCUCACCACGUAAUUCAAAUGAAAGACUAGUUGUUUGCCCAGGUUGUAACCUUGAAAUAAAAGUAGAAAGAUCAAACAUUUUCGAUAAUUCAAGUACAGCAAAUGAAGCGUAUGGUCAAGUCAAAGGCUUCUGUCCAACGAAAAGUUUACAAUAUAUGAACUUCAUGAGAAAAAGAACUGAAACUAGCCCUAAAAGGACGUCUCUGAAUAGUAAGCCGUCUCCUCUUCAGAGGUCGCCCCCGACUCGACCAAAGAAGCGUGCUGUGCUUUGCGGAGUCAGCUACAAGGAAACUAAGUACAAGCUUAAAGGAACUAUCAAUGAUGUGAAGAACAUGAGGGAUCUGUUGAUCACCAAGUUCGGAUAUCAGUCCGAGGGCAUUCUUGUACUCACAGAAGAUGAAGAAGAAGAACACCAUCCAACGAAGAAGAACAUCGAGAAGGCCUUGAAAUGGCUUGUGAAGGAUUGCGAAAAAGGUGAAUCACUUGUAUUCUACUUCUCAGGCCAUGGCUUACGACAACCUGAUUUUAAUGGUGAUGAAAUUGAUGGGUUUGAUGAGACAAUUUGUCCUGUUGAUUUUAUGAAAGAAGGGAUGAUUCUUGAUAAUUAUAUCAAUACCACCAUUGUUAAGCCUCUCAUUCAAGGUGUUACGCUUCAUGCCAUUGUUGAUGCUUGUCAUAGUGGCACAAUUCUCGAUUUGGUAUAUAUUUACAAUAGAAAGACGAGAAAAUGGGAAGAAAAUAUACCUCCAUCUGGUGUUAACAAAGCCACAAAUGGUGGCUUAGCAAUUAGUCUCAGUGCUUGUGAAGAUGAUCAAGUGGCUUCCGACACUUCUGCAUUCACAAGAAAGACAAUGAAUGGUGUCUUGACUUUCAUAUUGAUAGAUAUAGUCAAGAAAUAUCCAGGAUUAACAUAUGGAGAUUUACUUGACCUGAUUCAAGAGACCAUUGAUGAAGUUAAUAGUAGUCGAUGUCUUAUUAGCUCUAACUUCUUCAAGAAAUUUUUUAACAACAGAAUAACACAGAGGGUUCAACUUUCAUCUUCGGAAAUAUUUAAUGUUUCUAAAAGAACAUUUAGACUCUGACGUACAUGCUGGAUAAAUUUUCAAGAGUACAACAUGACAUAAAUUGUUCGUUGUUGUUCAAUAAACAAGAUGUAUGGUUGGAUGUACUUCAACUCUCUGAACGUACAAAUCAUGUCUAGAAUAAAGGUUACAAAAGAAAUUGUAUCUUUAAAUUCCCAUUUAAAUCAAUAAUGAAGUUAUUGGUAAUCUUCCAAAAAAACAUGUUUGAUGCUUAUAGGGCGACUUUAUGGAUUCGG